AUUUUUAAUUUAAGUUUUAUCUCCAAAGGAACUGAGCAGACGCGCGCCAAAAUACACCCUCUGGGAGCUUUAGUCAUGCAAAUUCGCUUCAUCACCAGAACCAGCUAUCACGCUCCGGUUCAUAUCACACCUCUCUACGGCCAAGGCCACGACAAUACAUAGUGGAGUUAUGGAAAGACGAACUGCGGUUUUUUGGGGACUGGUUUGUUUGUGUUUGUGGUUUAAUUUUAGUUAUGUGGUUGAAGCAAAAGGAGAAGGAAGGUUUUUGAGUGGCAUGAGUCGUCGCAUGAUCAACAAGGGGUUUGGACACAGGCAUGGUGGAGACUUUGGCUAUCCAGUGACUGCAGAUAGUGGUUAUGGAGGAGGCUCUGGUGGUGGUUUUAGCAGUGGGGGAGGUGUAGGCAAUGGCCGUGGUGGUGGUGGUGGUUAUGGCAGCUGGGGAGGUGUGGGAAAUGGCCAUGGUGGUGGUUUUGGCAGUGGUGGAGGCGUGGGCAAUAUCGGCGGUGGUGGUUUUGGAUCCGGCGGUGGCAUGGGCCAAGGUGGUGGCUAUGGUUCAGGUGGUGGAUUCGGAGGCGGAGGUGGAGGGAAUGGUGGUGGCUACGGUUUUGGCAAUGGAGGGGGUGGUGGGGGUGGCAAUGGAGGGGGAAGCGGGUAUGGCGCAGGCUCAGGAUAUGGCUCACCGGGUGGAGGAAAAGGUGGCGGAGGACAUGGUUCUGCCUCUGCAUCUCAAAAGAACCAUCCACGGAAAUAGCUCCAAUGUUUGUUUAUGGAGAGAAUAAGGAUGAGAUUUCUCCAACUUAUAACGCUUAAUUCGCCGUUUUCUUUAGUUUUUCAUCAAAUAUGCAGUGUUAUUAGCUUCAUCCUAUGAUAUACAAGGUUAAUGUCUCCUCUAAGAAUAACAGUAGAUAUGAUCAAGAACAAAACAUAAACCCAAUAAAUCUCCUUUUCUCUUCUGCUGAAAUCCGAAUGAAUAGUUAUGAUACCAUAAUUUCUCCAAUACAUAUCAAAAAUAAAAACAAAAAAAAUGUCGGCAAAAAUGUUACAAAUGCUAAGUCAACGUUCCAUCACUUUUUAAUUCAAUCUUUCACCUGAUUUCAAAGUAGACUACUAGAAUUUAAGAUCCGAAAGCUAUGUGAAGUCAGUUAUAAGCAAUUCGUAUUAUGGAGGUAGACUUGGCUUAUUAUUUUCUAACUAAGCAUGGACCAGACGACAACCGAGACGCCAUGAUAGUUGGACAUCGAUAGCAGAGCCAAUCUUA